AUGACACUUGGCAAGUCAGUGGCAGAGCUGCCCUCGCUUGGGCGCUGUUCCCGGGCUCCCGUGCGCUGCGCGUAGCCCUGGCCCUAGCGGCCGGGGCAUGGGCCAGGGGUGCGGGGUAAGGCGGCUUCUCUCCUGGCGGUGACCUGCACCUGCUUCAACAUGAAGACCCUCAUAGCCGCCUACUCUGGGGUCCUGCGUGGCACUGGCUCCAGCAUCCUCUCAGCCCUCCAGGACCUCUUUUCCAUCACCUGGCUCAAUAGAUCCAAGGUGGAAAAGCAGCUGCAGGUCAUCUCGGUGCUGCAAUGGGUCUUGUCCUUUCUCGUGCUGGGAGUGGUCUGCAGCGUCAUCCUCAUGUACACGUUUUGUACCGACUGCUGGCUCAUCGCUGUGCUCUACUUCACCUGGCUGGCGUUUGACUGGAACACACCUAAGAAAGGUGGCAGGAGGUCACAGUGGGUCCGAAACUGGGCUGUGUGGCGCUACUUUCGAGACUACUUUCCCAUCCAGCUGGUGAAGACACACAACCUGCUGACCACCAGGAACUAUAUCUUUGGAUACCACCCCCAUGGCAUUAUGGGCUUGGGGGCCUUCUGCAACUUCAGCACCGAGGCCACAGAAGUAAGCAAGAAGUUCCCUGGUAUAAGACCCUACUUGGCCACUCUGGCCGGCAACUUCCGGAUGCCAGUGCUGAGGGAGUACCUGAUGUCCGGAGGCAUCUGUCCUGUCAACCGGGAUACCAUAGACUACUUGCUUUCAAAGAACGGGAGUGGCAAUGCUAUCAUCAUCGUAGUGGGGGGUGCAGCUGAGUCUCUGAGCUCCAGGCCUGGCAAGAAUGCUGUCACCCUGCGCAACCGCAAGGGCUUUGUGAAACUGGCCCUACGUCAUGGAGCAGACCUGGUUCCCAUCUACUCCUUUGGGGAGAAUGAAGUGUACAAGCAGGUGAUCUUCGAGGAGGGCUCCUGGGGCCGAUGGGUCCAGCAGAAGUUCCAGAAGUACAUCGGUUUCGCUCCUUGUAUCUUCCAUGGCCGAGGCUUCUUCUCCUCUGACACCUGGGGGCUGGUGCCCUACUCCAAACCCAUCACCACUGUCGUGGGUGAGCCCAUCACCAUUCCCAAAGUGGAACAACCAACCCAGAAGGACAUUGACCUGUACCACGCCAUGUACAUGGAGGCCCUGGUGAAGCUCUUCAACAACCAUAAGACCAGUUUUGGCCUCCCAGAGACUGAGGUCCUGGAGGUGAACUGAGCCAGCCCUCAGGAACCAGGGAGGAACCAGCUGCCAAUCGGUUUUCUGCCACGUUCUCGAGUACUUUUUGUUCUGUAAAUUUGGAAGCAUCAUGGGUGUCUGUGGGUUAUUUAAAAGAAAUUAUAAUAAUUUUGUUAAACCA